AAGAUCUCCAGAAGAAACCGAAAAACACCGGAAACAAGUCAAAUUCGAGGCUGCCAUUGGCAUCGCAUUAAAAAUAUCACGAUUGUGACUUGGUGGAAAGAGACUUACCAACGUCUCCGGAGAGUAGAAGAACUGCCUUUCAGGAGCCAUGGGAGCGUGUCUCGCGCUAUGCUCGGUGGCCAGUUGCGUGUCCUGUCUGUGUGGAUCAGCUCCCUGCAUUCUAUGUGGGUGCUGUCCAUCCAGCAAUAAUUCUACAGUGACACGCAUUAUAUUCUCCUUCUUUUUGCUACUUGGUACCCUGGUGUCCAUCAUCAUGAUACUACCGGGAAUGGAAACACAGCUUCAGAAGAUUCCAGGCUUCUGUGUUGGAGGCACUUCAAUCCCGGGUGUUUUAAACAAAGUUAAUUGUGACAUCAUUGUGGGAUACAAGUCUGUCUAUCGCAUGUGCUUUGCAAUGGCUUGUUUCUUUUUUCUGUUUAUGAUACUUAUGAUCAGAGUGCGGACCAGCAAAGAUCCACGUGCUUCACUUCAGAAUGGGUUCUGGUUUUUCAAAUUUUUGAUUCUUGUUGGUAUCACAGUAGGGGCGUUCUUUAUCCCAGAUGGGACAUUUAACACAGUUUGGUUCUACUUUGGUUUGGUUGGGGCCUUUACCUUCAUUAUCAUCCAGCUGAUCCUCCUGAUUGAUUUUGCUCAUUCCUGGAACCAGUCAUGGCUACAGAAGGCAGAGGAUGGUAACAGCAAGUGCUGGUAUGCAUGCCUGCUCAUUUUCACCAUCCUAUUUUAUAUUGCUGCUUUUGCUGCUGUGGUGCUCUUCUACUUGUACUAUACUAAGCCAAAUGACUGUGCAGAGAACAAGCUCUUCAUUAGUCUAAAUCUAAUCUUCUGUUUCAUAAUCUCCAUUGUGUCCAUCCUUCCUAAAGUCCAGGAGGUACAACCUCAUUCAGGAUUGCUACAGGCAUCUGUAAUCACUCUGUAUACUAUGUAUGUAACAUGGUCUGCUAUGACUAAUGAAAAAAACACCAACUGCAAUCCUAGUUUGCUGAGUCUUGUGAUCAACCCCAAUUCCACUUCUCCAACGGCCUCUCCAGGUCAACCAGUGCAGUGGUGGGAUGCCCAAAGCAUUGUUGGACUGGUCAUCUUUAUUCUCUGCACUCUCUACGCUAGUAUUCGUUCAUCGAAUCAUACUCAGGUGAACAAGUUGAUGUUAACAGAGGAAGGGUCAGGUUUUAUGGCAAAAGGAGAAGAAGUCACUGAUGAUAAUGGAGUCAGUCGGGCAGUUGAUAAUGAAGAAGAUGGUGUCACCUACAGCUAUUCAUUCUUCCACUUCUGCUUGUUGCUUGCCUCGCUUUACAUCAUGAUGACUCUCACCAACUGGUACUUACCUGAUACAUCUUACCAGGCAAUGACUAGUGGAUCGUCUGCCGUCUGGGUUAAGAUUUCAUCCAGCUGGUUAGGACUAGCCCUGUAUUUGUGGACUCUGGUGGCACCCCUCAUUUUUCCUGAUCGUGACUUCAACUAAACAAUGAAAGGAGAAAGCAGUCCCUAUAUUAAAUGUGGAAUUACACAGGCUAUAAUAGGAAAAUGAAAGUCUGUUUUUAAAUUAAUUAUAUAUUUUUUUCAGUUUCCAAAUGUUGAUUGAAAACUUAUUUUUUCAAACAUUGAUUGAUAUAGAUACAUAUUGGAUAUAUGUUCAUGUAUUGCUUUUGCAUUAUAAUUUGUUUGCUGAUGUGCCAAAUUUGGACACUGGUAUCUUCAUUGAUUGUUUCUUAGCAAUGUAUUGAUGAACAACUAUCAUGUUCCUUAGUAUUUUACUCAAUAUCGACUUAUGACUUUUGCUUGUGUUUUAUUGGGAGUUUCUCCAAAAGCAGCAGUGUUUCCUUAAGAAAGGUGACUAGACAUGACAGAAGUUUUUUUAUUAUCCCUGCUGAAACUGUAUUUUUAUUCUUUCAUUAACCUAGAGUUUAGCUGGAAGGAUAAUGAUAUUGCCCCCCAAUAUGAUUCUCCUUUAAAAGAAUUUAGAUUUAGUUACUUUAAAUGUUUCAACCUUUUUGUACAUUUUAGCAUCAUAGACUUUACUUUAUCUUUUUACAUGUUCUUCAGUACCUCAGGUUUUUGCCUGCAUAAUUCUUUAAUAAUACAAUAUGUCUGACUAGUAUUGCAGAUCAUUUACUGAGCCAAGUCAGUGAUGAUAAAUGGCUUAUUUUAAGUAUGGACUGAGUCCUUGUGCCAUAGAAUGAUCACAUACCAGGAGAAAUGGACACAAGUGUAACGCUGUAAUUAGUUAAGAGAAAAAAUAAAAUUAGCUACUUAUAGUAUGUGUCUUAAUACCAGUUAAUUGGAACUUAUUAAUGUGUAUAAUCUUCAUUCUAACCUGAGUGUAAGCAUUUCUGUAUGUUAAUGUUUAUUCAGAUUUUUUAAUUCAGCAUUUUACAUAUAUAGACCCUUUAGUCUGAAACAUGGCAACUGUUCUUAUGCACAGAUACUUUAUUUUUAUUUUAGUGGAUUAUGAUGUGAGCUACUGUGCUGGUAACACUGCAUUGUGCUUAUUUAUUUGAAAGUGACUGACCCUUUAGUGCCUUAAUCACUCGUGUCUAAAAGGCAAGUAACUCAAUGUAUACAACAUCUAAAAAUGUUAAUUUGCAAUGCUGCUUUUCUUAGUUUGACCAUUUUAAGUACAGUAUGCCAUUGUUUAAUCUGAUGCAAACAUUUUCUUCUUUGAUUCUGUAUUUAAAUUUAUGUGAUUUAUUUUUGACCUUGCAGAAGUGCCUUUUUUAAGAAAUUGUAUGUAUCACUAUGCUGGAAGAGAAUGACACCAUUAACCUUUAGUUACAAUAACUUGUUUAUUUACUCUAUAAAGUUAAAACCACUUAGAAUGAUAUGUAUAACUGGAGUGCAGACUUUCAAAAUAACAAUGUUAUUGGCUAAAACAAGUGUUUUUUUACAGUCAAGUCCUGACUUCCUUAUUUGAGUGUAUAUUUAUUCCUUAUCUGACUCGUUUUUGAAAAUUUCUUCAUGUAAAUUUUGAACAGAAAUAGACUGCACUAGUCAUAAGGUAUGUGUUUUUUAGUAUACAUAUGAGUUUACUUCUUAUUACUUUAACUUGUUUAUAAAUGAAGCACUAUUCUUGUAAAAGUUGUAGUACUAAAACUUCACUACAAAUGUAAAACUAAUCUUUACUACAUACAAUUGAUUUUACUGGAAAAUAAUAAUUGGUAUUUAAAAUCAA